AUGAUGUUCGCACCGGAAGACGAUCUCAAAAUGUGGAGUUUUAUUGCGGAAAACUAUUUAAAUUAUGGUCCAUUUGAGAUUUUCACUAAAAUGAAAGAGAUGUUGGGAUAUGAACAUGCGGAGAAGAGUCUCUAUUAUAGAUUCCGUAACAUCUUGGCUCCAAAUCUCCACUUCACCAGUUUCGAUGUCAACACAAAACUACAAAUCGCAAAAAAGUUCAAUAUUGUUCUAAACGGUGACUUUGUGCAAGAACUGAACAAGUCAUGGGAAUUGGUAUUCGAUUCGAAUGGAUGUCUCGAGGAAUUCUCGUGGAAACCGCCCUUUUCGAUAUCCUCUUCUCCUUCGAUUUCAUCUGAAAUGUUCGUCUCGUUGACGACAUUAAAACGAACAUCGACAUCUUCUCAAAAUGGGAAUAAGAAGAGGAGACGAGUGACGUCGUCGGAUGAUUCAUUCAUGAAAUCCCUUCAAGAAAUGAUCAGUGAAACUGUGACGACUUCCAAUCGAAAGUUGAUUGAAGAAAUGAGAAAUGAGACGAAUAGAAAAGAGACUUCGAAGAAUAACGGAGUGAAACACUAUCUGGAAGGACUGAAACAUCUCAUAACUCACCUGAAUACUCCGGAAUUGAAUGAUAUUGAGAAACGAAUUGAUGCGCUGAAUGAGAAAAUGAACAACGAAGAAAGUGUCCCUCUUCCAGUGAAUAAUAUUGUUUCCAUGCUUGACAUCGGGUUGAAAAUGAUUGGCGGGUGA